AUGCUUACUUACGAUGUUGCGUGUACCUCCCUCUCGGAGGUGGCUCUUUAUCGCCCUGCCAUACAUUGCACGCUUCACCAGCACACUGCGCAUGCGUUGCAUAAACUGAGCGCUCCCAACAACCUUAUGCGUUUGCUUACAAAGAUAGCGUAUUCAAUGACUGGCACUAACAUUUAUACUGCCACCCCCAUUGGUCACCAUUUUUUUCCAUUGAUGAUGGUACCAGGUAUUGUGAUUGGGUCAACCGUCAUUAUUGGCGACCAUGUAAGUAUCUACCAUGAGGCCACGCUGGGGGUGGUUUCCUUUCCCGUGGAUCAGGAAAUUGGAAAGAAGAUUCGGAGUCUUCCACGCCACCUCAUUAUUAUGGGCAGAGUGGUCCUCUAUGCCAACGCGCCGGUGCUCGUCCGAAUUAGGACUGGAGAGGAUGGCGUUAUCGGUGCCAACUUUGGGGUUGUGAAGAGUUUGUCCACCCCCCUUUCCAGUCCGUCAUUGCAUGCACUCAGCAGAGAAAAGCUUCUCGCUCCAGGUAUGGCGCUUCUAAUGGGUAGAUUGGGUAUCUGGCAGUGA